AUGAGUUUGAAAACUUACGUUACAAAUAAAGUUGUAGAUCAUGUUUUAGAGAAAACAUCAAACAUACCCAAUGCACCACCCAAUGCAAAAAUAGCCAAUAAUUUCAACAAUUACAUUAAUACUGGAUUAACAGAAAAAGAGGCAAAAACAUUAAAAAUUGUUAAAAAAAGAGCACAUUAUUUGGAUAAUGGAUUUUGUUCGAUUUGUGGAAUUAGAAUUGGACUAGAACCAAUUAUUGGAUGUUUACCAGUUAUUGGUGAUUUUGCGGGGGUUUGGUUAUCACUAAUGUUGGUGAUGAAAUCAAGAGAGAUUAAUUUACCACAAUUUCUCAUAUUUCUAAUGUUGUUGAAUAUAUUUGUUGACUUUAUGCAAAUUCAAGGAAUGUAA